UCUCUGAUUUGACUUAAAUUAUCGAAUACUAUGAGAUUAUAUAAAGCUGGUUUGGCGAUGGAUGAAAGAAAUUAAAGUUGUGAAAUUGUAAGACACCUAAUUGUUGUAUUUUAGGUUAGACAAUGAACCUACAAGUGUAGAGGAAAAGCUUCGCCAACUUUUACUUUGAAUAAAUAGUACAUUAGUUCUUGAGUAAUCACUACAUGGAUUCAGUGGUUGAGUCAUUCCCCAAAAGGAUUCAGACAUUAAAUAACAUGGGAUUGGAAGUGAAUGAAUGUGUUCGAGAGUUUAAUUUGCCUCAACAGUUUCCCAGUCAAAUCACAGUAAACAAGUCAAUUCUUAAUAAGACUGGUACCGAAAUGAAUACAUCCAGUCCAUUAUCAGUAAAAUUUCUUUUGGGUAAUGAUACGAAUGUUUCGAGUAAGUUGCAAAAAUUGAAACUGAAAUCAGCAGAUGGACGAGAUCUGGGAGAAUUUAAUGUGCAGCUAUUAUCACAGCCAGGUAAUAAGUUAUCAGGAAAAACCAUAACAAUUGCUAAACAGUCAAAUAAGGUGAGUGUUUUUUCUGUUUUGAAAUCACAAAAUGCUAUUAGAAAGGAACCAAAUACAGUAGAAUUAUCAAGUAGGAAUCAGUGUCCUAUGAAGGUACCAUCGUCUCAUGGUAUUGUAUCUGCACCACGAUUAAUCGAAACCGAAAUUAGUUUGCAUAAUAUUGAAUCAGAUUCUAAUUACCGAGGUAAAAUAUCUCAACCGAAAAAAUUAGUUAUUAUACAACCUGAAAAUUCAUGCCAACCAUCUAAUGGAGAAAAUGGUGGCUCUGUACAUUUGAAUGAAUUAAAAUCUAAUGAAACCCGAAACACGACAUUUCAAUUUAAUAUUCAGCGUAAAAAUUUGAGUUGCGUGCCAGUUGGCAUUUCUGUGCCAUUGGAUACAAAAGGUGUCGAAGAUAAGUUGUGGGAAAAUGUGAGUAAGCAAAGUAAUUCAAUUAUUAAAAAUAAAACAGAAGGAAUAAUUAAAAUGGAAAUUUCUGAUGAAGGUGAAGUUAUCUCCAAUGAAAUACAUGCAAAAAGUAGUAUAUUGAAUUAUGGAAAGAGAACAAGUGAUUCCAAAAGUAGUGUAAGUAUCCAUAAUGACGGAACCGAACAGAGCUUUAAUCGUGUAAAUAAAAGAAGUUACAAUCAUGAAAAUCAUUAUAAUAAAACUGUUGCAUUAACAAGACCUUCGAAAGUCCAAAAGAUUAUGCUUCCACUAAGAACAACUAAAAUAAGUAAGACUGCAGAAAAGCAAAUUGAAACAUGUACAUUGAUUGAAGAAAAUGAGGGAAAUUCAACAAAUUUGACAGACAAUUUAAGUAUUGUUGAGGAAGCUCUAAGUAGUAUUAAGAAUAAAGAACUUCGUGAAAAGGCUUUUAAAGCUCUGGCAGAUUGCGGAAUAGGUAUAGAAAGACAAGUGCCGUUACGGCCACCAUCGCCAUCCAUUGUUGUACGCAAUUCACAGACACAGACACAAGUAUUUGGACUUUUGGAUCAGGAAGAUUUUAUAGCAAUUGCAGGAGACUCUGGAAAUCUUAAGAGAAUGAAGAAGAAAGAUAGAGACAAUCGGGAGCUAUCAAAUAUUAAUUUUAAUUGUGAUGAUUUUCUAUAUUGUGAUCAAAGUAAUCCAAAUUUACCAUCUCUGACUGAAGAGCAAGAUCUGUAUGCCUUAUUCAACAAGGAAUUUGGAAAUAAAGCUUCUACAAUUCCGGAACCCCUUUUGGAAGAACCUCUUGUAUCAUUUGAACAAAAAGUAUAUAAUAAAUUGAAAGUAGAUUUUGCAAUGAUGAAACAGGCAGAUGAAAAUGGCAUGUUGGGCAUUCACAGAGCAGUUUUGAACAAUGACGAGCAGGAAGUUCAUCGACAGCUAUUAAUGCUAAAAGCUUGCAAUGAAGAUCCUGACAUACCUUCUACAGAUGGACGGUCAAGUUUAGAAGUGGCGAUCGAAUACGAUGUCAAUAAAGCAAUAAUUCAAUUGUUACUGAGAGCUGGGGCUCAACCUGUUAGUUUAACAGGUGCUAACACUUCAGCAUUAUUACUUGCCUGCAAAUUAUGUUCUCCACGACUAACGGAUCUCAUAUCGUUUUGUCCGCGCGAAGCACUUAACGUUAUUGAUACAGCAGGUUUCGCAGCUAUUCAUUACUGUACACAGAAUAACAAUGUGGAGGGAAUAACAGCAUUGGUUGAAGCCGGUGCCGAUGUCAAUAUACGGGACCGCAAAUCCGGCAGAACAUCGUUGUUUCAUGCGAUGGAACAUCAAAAUGUGGAAGCUGCAAAAGUACUUUUAUCUCUUGGUGCUAUUUCUAACGUUGUGAAUUUCAGUGGCCAAACCGCAUUAAGUUUAUUGGAGAAUUUCAAAAAUCAUUCAUUAGCUAAAGCUAUGGAUGAAGCUAUUGUGUAAUAUCUGUCUAAAUGAAUUCAGCUAUAAUGUGAUUACGUUCAUGUAGAAUGUAUAAGGUUAUUUCCUUAAUACCGGGAGUUUAAUAUUAGGAAAUAUAUGGAAUAAAUUGCAAUUACACGUGAUUGUAGUCUUCA